CCGGGAGCGUAUCGGCCUCAAACGCGGCGUUGAGUGCAUUUUGUACCCAAAGCAGUCUCGCGGGACGCGCCAACAGUAGACGACACGCACCAGAGAGCUUGGGCGAGCAACUGCAUUCGUAAAACGCUCUCCACAGCACAAAAAACGCUGCCUUGCUGAAAAGCUCUGUUCAGCAGUCCAGAGGGUAAGAGCUUGGAGGGGGGGGUUGCGGCCCAAGCAGUCUGAGCGCGAGAACUAUCGAAUAUACGCGCGAGAAUGGCCGAAUACACAAGUAAUCGCCCGCGCGCCUACAGCAACCCGAACAAGCGCGCCAUCCGGCAGCUCCUGGCCGCCGAGGCCUGCGAGCCGAUGGCGCGCCGCAUGGCGGCCGAGCACCCGGACCGCUUCAAGUUCCACCCGACGACGUGGGGCAAGUUCCCCGACGGCACGGACAAAAUCAUCAUCGGCGGCUACACGCCGACGAACGAGCUCGCGGGGGAACACGUCGUGCUCUUGUGCAGCUUCCACAACAACGACGUGACGUGGUCGCAGUUCCAGGUCAUGAUCGUGCUGCUGCAGUCGUUCAUCGAGUCGCUGACUGUGGUUUUGCCGUUCUACCCUGUCGGCACGAUGGAGCGCGUCGUGACCGAGGGCGAGGUCGCCACGGCCAACACCUACGCGCAGAUGUUCUCGACGCUGCCGUCGUGCGGCCGGCCGACGCGGCUCAUGACCUACGACAUCCACACGCUGCAGAACCGUUUUUAUUUAUCGGGCGCGACGCUCGCGUCGCUCCACACGACGAUCCCGUGCUUGCUGCCGCUGCUCGGCCCGGCCGGCGUCGACGCCGUCGCGUUCCCCGACGACGGCGCCGCCAAGCGCUUCAAGCACAUGUUCGACGCCGACCGCUACGCCAUCAUCGUCUGCGGCAAGGUGCGGGACGGCGACAAGCGCGUCGUCACGGUGCAGGACGGCGACGCCACGGGCCGGCGCGUCAUCGUCAUCGACGACUUGGUGCAGACGGGCGGCACGUUGUACGAGUGCGGCGCGAAGCUGCUCGAGCUCGGCGCGGCGAGCGUGUCGGCCUUCGUGGCCCACGGGGUCUUCCCGCGGGACGCCUGGAGGCGGUUCGCCAGGGGCGGCGACCGCGACGUCUUCUCGAAGUUCUACGUGACGAACUCGAUCCCGACGACGACGGACCGGUGCGUUUCUGCGGCGUCCUGUUUUUUUUUGCGCGGCGAUGGCGUAUGGGGUUCACGCAGGCUGCCGAAGAACGACGUCUUC